AUGGAGGAUGCUGAGGAAAGUCCAGCAGAGAUCCAAAGUCCGAAUCAAAGCACUUCAGUCACUUCAAGAAAUAGCACAAGGAUAGACGAGUGUCUUAUUUCACCAGAGAGCAAGAGACAGAAGAAAGCCUACCUGCCAUCCGACUCCGAGAAGGUUCUCCGUGACUGGCUCUAUGAGCACCAAUUUAAUGCCAAUCCAUCAGAGGCGGAAAGGCGAAUGCUGUCAGAACAGAGCAAUUUAUCUUUUCUACAGAUCACCAAUUGGUUCAAAAAUGCCCGCAGAUGCGUUUUCCCGGAAAUGCUGCAACAGAAUGUAAAUGACUCCAAACACCAAAUAGACAAUGAUGCUGAUGAAACUCAACCACCAAACACCGAUUCUUCUAUUCUGGUCCAGGCAGGCCCCGGGGACCCCGACAAAGUUGAAUGCCUGCCCCUGUCUCCAUUGCCAAGAGGCCAGGAGUCAGGAAAGAAGCUACCGGAUCCAGAGCCUUCCCCAAGCCAGAAGCUCAUCAUAAAAGGCCCCUUGAACGAAAAGAUCGAGGUUUUCACCAGUGAGCCCUUGGCUUUUCCCGAAUCUGUGUGGCCAGAGGAACAUGAAGAUUUCAGCAACUUCUACAUCCUGGUCAAUGCAGCUGAACAAAAAGCAGCCGAGCUACAGCUGCAGAAGAAACAACAACCCAAUCCACGAUUUCUCCAAAAUAAAUAA